AUGGGUCAUGAAUGUAUCGAUGCAUCAAAGGAGUACAAGUGGGGUGACGACGUCAACGUUAAAAGCGAAAUCGCUGAGAGAUUGGGAAAAGAGGAAAGACCCAUAGCUAUAUAUUCAUCAGACCUCAAGCGAGCUAAAGACACUGCUCUUAAAAUCGCGGAAACUUGUUUUUGUUCCAAGGUGACUGAAGUGCCUGAAUUAAAGGAGAGGCAUGUGGGUAGUCUUCAAGGGUUAUAUUGGAAAGAGGGAGCAGAGAAAGAACCUGAAGCUUACUCUGCUUUCUUUUCUUCCCAAAAUGACCUCGAGAUUCCUGGAGGAGGAGAGAGCUUUGACCAACUUUGUGAGAGAUCUAUGAAUGCGCUUAAGCAAAUUGCAAAGAAACACAAAGGUGAGAGAGUGAUAGUGGUGACUCAUGGAGGAGUGUUGAGGGCAAUUUACAUGAGCAUCACGCAAGCUUCCUCUGCUGGGAAACUCCUUAAUGCUUCGGUGAAUGUUGUUCGCUUCAGUGACGAGAAAUGGAUCAUUGAUUCAUGGAGCGAUGUUUCUCAUCUCUCAUCCGUUGGAUUCCUCCAACGCGGCUUUGAUGGAGAUGCCAAGCCCUAG